AUGACAGCAACUGCAAAUCUACAAGACCAAGAGUACAUCAAGGACUCGCUGGGCUUAAAAAGCUGUAGGAACAUUGCUGGAAAUCCAGACAGAAAGAAUAUUUAUUAUGAAAAAUUUUUUCGUUGCGGGCAAGAAAUCGAUUCAGUGGAAGGUAUUCUUUAUCCAAUUGGUAAAGGUUUGUUGAAAGAUAGAACUGACUGAGAUGGUGUGGAUAUGCAUACAAACUGUUUGAAUCUUUGUUGGGUAUUAAACAAUAUUACCCAGACGGUGCACUAGAAAUCCCUGAGAACAGGCUCUUUGCAGUUUACCAAACAGAUGAAAGAACAAAUCCUGUGACAACUGUGUUAUGGCACUAGCACUGUCAGAGUUAUCUUUGCUACUGUUGCGAUGGGAAUGGGUGUAGACAUACCAUCUAUUUAUUUAGCUUUGCCAACUAGGGCAGGGUCACCACAACAGCAUAUGCCAAUUACUGUGGGCCCUUUUUACCUAACCCACCCUGUCAACUUUCCCUGUGGGAGGAAACCGGAGUACCCGGGGAAAACCCACAGCUUUCGGCAGAGCGUUGACUUUUACUCUUUUCACAUGGGGACUGGGUUCGAGUCGCAUUGAGAAGGUACUUAGUGAGACUCGAACCUGCAGCCUCAGAGGUGAAAGGCAAGUGCGCUAACCACUUGGCCACCGAAGCCCCUUAAAGCCAUCCAUUCCAAUGCGAUUCACAUAGGUCCACCAUCCAGUGUCAAAGCCUAUUUUUAGGGGACUGGAAGAGCUGGAAGGGAUGGCAAACCUGCAUGGGCCAUUUGCAUUACAACAAUCGAGAUAUAGCAAAGAACAGGGCUGGAAUGCAAGAAGAUAUGAGAACGUUUUGUAAAAGUGUUGACACCUGUCUGAGAUUGUUAUUGCUUAAGUCACUUGACCAUGAGGAAACCAUGGUUGACAUACCUCACCUCUGCUGCAACAUAUGUGCAAAAAAGUGAGUGCCCACAAUGUUUGUGACCUUAUGCAGAAUCUGUAAAAUAGAGUGAAAAAUACUAGGAUGCUGCACAGUUUUAUCUAUUUAUAUUGUUACUGUUUUAUAUCAUUUUUACAUACUCCAGGGGACAAAGUUGUACAUACAUGUAAAUAUACUUAAUUUUGUUUCAGUGCAAUACCUAUAGAAUCAACUUUUUUCCACACACAUAUUGUUGUUGUUUUGUUCAAAAUGGAUACCACUUAUUUGUUGACAGUUAACAACAUGUUUUGAUUCAAUGUUUAAUAUUUGAUUGACUAUGUAAAGUAGAGCAUUGAAUCAACAUGUCGUUUUUUCAGAGUUAGUGUUGUAAUGAGUAUUUUAUUCUCAGUGGUUCCCACAAGCACCUUUUUGUAUUUUAAACUGAAAAUUAUAACCACAAUGAUUCAAUAGCUUUCAGUCAUAUAAUGAAUAGACACUUCCCGAAUUUGCUCUCUGCCAAGGAAAACUACCCUGCUGACAAUAGAUAACAUGGUAUCUCGAAAUCGCGGAACCAACGGAAACACGCGAGAUCUAUGAAAUACACGCAUGAAAAAUCAUUCGAUUUUUUAAAAGUUUCUUGUCAAUUAUUUCGUUCACCCAUUUUCUGGAAUUCAUUAUUAUAUAAAAUUAAACCAAUGUGAAUACCCAGACGAAUAUUUCGCCUGUAUAAAAUAGAUGGCAAUCAUUGUAAAGGAAUUUUGAAGGAAAUUGGAAGCACAGACGUGUUAUUUGUUGAAGCGCUCCGACGGUGAGAAACUCAGGAAAUACAGAAAUAUGGCAACUUCUAUUUGUUCUCUGUAAGUUUUUUUUUACACUUUUGCAGACGUUCUAGCUUGAUUUCAAAUGCCAGUGAACUGUCAUUGUCAGAUAUAAUAUAUUUUCCGUUCUUUCUUUGCAGAGUUAAGCUUCCUCUUCCGGAAUAUCUCGAUGACAAGAAACUGACUGUCGAGCAAAGUCUUGGUAAUGGCCACUGUCUUGUUACCUCUAUUUGCAAGAGUUUGGCAAGCCAAAAGAACGUGAUUGUGUCAUCAAAUCAACUUUUUAUGAAGUGUAAAAUCGAAUUAGAGGAAAAUUUGAAUCCAUAAACCCGGAUCGAAAACUUUGCAGUAAUAAAUUUACGUGGUGUUUCCACAAACAAUUAUAGUAUUAUAUGGCUCCCUAUUGUUUUGGGAUAGACUGAGAAUUUAUGACUUAGAGUGGAAUUUUUAACAAUUGUUACUUGUUGAAUAGCAAUGGCAGUGACCUCAAUUUUGGUUAAAAUUUCAUACUUCUCGGGUGGUAUUUUCUAUAACUCAGAUGCUAUUUGGUUUUUAACAAGUAACAGCGCUUUUUAAAUCUGGUGACAAAUCCAAUGCUAGCAAUUACAGACCAAUCACGAUACUCCCAACAAUUAGUAAAGUUCUCGAAAAAGCAGUCCACUCUCAAGUUUACCGCUACCUUAUUGACAAUAAAAUACUAACACCACGACAGUUUGGUUUCAGACGUAAACUUUCCACUGAGAUUGCGCUUGCACAUUUCACGGACACCAUUUUGGCUAAUAUGGACAAGGGUUUAGUAACAGGAGCUGUUUUUCUUGACCUGGCUAAAGCCUUUGAUACUGUCGACCAUUCUCUUUUAUUUGAAAAGCUUGCCUCAUCUGGUCUCUCCAAUGAUUCUGUCAACUGGUUCAAGUCAUACCUAAGCAAUAGAAAUCAACUUACCGCCCUGGCUAACACUGUUUCCUCCUUCAAACACGUUCCUGUCGGAGUUCCUCAAGGUAGUGUUUUGGGUCCACUACUAUUCCUUAUUUUUGUUAAUGAUUUGCCUUAUUGUAUCAACCAUUGUGAAAUAUCCUUAUACGCUGAUGACACUGUGAUAUACCUUUCUUCAAACAAUGCUUGCGAUCUUGAAAUGAAGUUAAAUUCCGAUCUAAAAUACCUAUGCAGAUGGUUUAACGACAAUCUUCUGACACUUAAUGUCUCCAAGUGUAAAUUUAUAAUUUACGGAAGUUCUCGCAAAGUUGCAAAAUUUAACAAUGUUUCCAUCACGGUUAAUGAUUCCAUACUUGAUAGAAUUGACUCCUUCAAAUACUUAGGAGUUACAAUUCAACAAAACCUAACCUGGUCAGAACAUAUCGACAACAUCAGCAAGAAGUUUAAUCAACGCCUUGGUCUCAUUCGCCGCAUAAAAUUCUUACUCCCUAUUCAAGCCAGACUCACCCUCUACAACAGUCUUGUUCUCCCUCUAUUGGACUACAGUGAUAUCGUGUGGGGAGAUAAAAACAACUCCACUCUAAUGAACCACCUUCAAGUUCUGCAACAUAACGCUGCGAGACUUAUCCUUGAUCUUCCUCGCCAUUCCUCCGCUACCGAAGCCCUUGAAACUCUAGAGUGGAAACCCCUUUACCUACGUCGAAAAUACCACCGUUGUAUCUCCGUCUUUAAAUGUCUUAACCAUCUAGUCGACUUUGAUUUUAACCUUACCAUAAUCUCCCGUAUACAUAGCCAUAAAACACGCCAGAACAACAACUACUACCUCCCACGCCCACGUACGAAUUGGGGAAAACAGAAAUUCACUUAUCACUCGGUAUCGGAAUGGAACUCAUUACCUAUUGAACUGAAACAAUCUACUAAUCUUAAUCUCUUUAAAACCAAACUAAAACAAUUUAUCUAAUUAAGUUGAACAAUUUAUCUAAUUAAGUUGAGUUUUUUGUUUUUUGUUGUUUUUUUUUGGGGUUUUUUCUAACUAUGAAGUAUAAUUAUAUUUUUCUAACUAUGAAGUAUAAUUAUAUAUAAUCCAUUUGUAAAUAUAUUAUAGUUUUUAAAUAAGCACAGUAUAGUUUACCAUGUAUAAUAUAGAUAUAUAUUGCAGGACCUCCCUGAAAAACACUUCGGUGAGUGGAGCUUCCUGAAUAAAUAUUAUUAUUAUUAUUAUUAAGUAACAUGCAAUAUUUGUUCAAAAAUUCUGCCCUAAAUUGUAAAUUUUCAGUCGUGCCACCAAAAACAGUAUGGAGUCACCUUAAGGUGACAAAGUUUUAAAGAACUAAGGUUUGCAGCAACAAGAUGUGGUCAUAUGUUAGCAAACUAAAUUCCUGUGUCUUGCCAAUAACCCCAAAGCCUCCAUAGCCAAUUUUUUAUAAUUUAGUAAUUGUUUUAUUUUACACAAAAACUACUGAGAAAAUAUACUUUUAGUCAGUUUUAGUAUUCAGGCUCAAGUAAGCAUAUCUGUAUUGAAACUGACUGUAUGCACCAAGUGUUUCUUUGAUUUUAAUUUAUUUCCGAUUACCCAUGACAUAUUGUUUGAAUGAGAAAGAGGAAAAUCUCCACUAUCUAUGUAUACCAUAUUUUGCAAGUCUUUCCAGCAUUGUAUGCCUUCAAAAAUCGUAGGACUUCUCAGUAUCCCCCUUAUGUACAUUUAGGUACUCAGUACUGCUUGCUUAAUAAAAAUUAUAUUCAACUGUUGUACUUAAAUCAGAAAGAAGAGAAGAGCUGAUAGUCAUAACAAAAAGAAGAUAAUUGUUCUAUCUUCCUCUGAUGAAAGAACUGUAAGUGAAGAAGAAGUGGAAACAAAGGUGAAAGAAAAAUCAGAUUGUGAAAUAAUUAUUGCUGAAGAAGAGAAAAUAAAGGUAAAGGAAGAAUCAGAUUGUGAAAUAAUCAGUGCUGAAGAAGAGGAAGAGAAACUAAAUGUGAAAGAAGAUUCGGAUUGUGAAAUAAUUAGUGCAGACAGUGAUCACAGCAGUGAUGUUGAUGAUAAAACUGUUAAGUAUUACGAUGAUAACCCCAAUAUUCCAAUAUUUAUUUCUGGUAAAUAUUCACCUACAUCUUCCAGUUUCUUUGAUGUACUAGUGGAUUCACCUAAUUUAAAGUUAGUUUGCACCAAGCUACCUUCUUUUGCAGAAGAUAACUUAGCUUUUGUCAUAUCUUGUAAACAGUCACAUGUACCACUGUCAGAUAUUUCCUGUGAUGGACACAGUGGGUGGGUUAAUGACGGGGUCCGUACAUUCACGUUUCUUAAAAACAAAGAGAAAGAUUAUUCUCUUGUCAGCAAGAAACGAAUCCCCGAGGAUAAAAUCACACUUUCAACUAGUUAG